GUGUAGCCCUCACAUUCAUGUCACCUAAGCUUAUUUUGCUUCAAGUUCUUGAUUAUUCUGUUUAUUGAGAGUAAUUUCUGGAAUAAAACUGUGAGCAGAGAGAUAAUGCUGUGCAGACUUUGGAAUAGCAGUAAUUUCUCUGAUGUGGUAAGAUGGAAUUCUCUGGGAGACUGUGAGAACUUUGUGUGUAAUUUUUAUGUUAUGACAUAAGCAUAGGAAAGUCCAUGCUGUUUCAGGAUAAAUCAGGACCAUCUAGAAACUGAUGACUGGCUCUGAGUUGCUAUCUAAUCACCUUAGAUGAACAACUUAUCUCUAUCUACCCUUAGAUUAUCUGAAGGUACCUGAAGUAUUUUCUGCCCUUGUUUUAAGAAAAAGGGCAGAGAGACCUGGCAGAAGAUGGGCAUCAAAUGUAUUUCAAUAAGUCUAUCCAUGCCUUUGGCAUCAGUCAGCACUGCCUCCUUUGUGCCAGUGAGCACCUGGACACCUGGUAGGAUGAAACAGGAAAGUUGUUUCCUGAAUAGUAUACAUAUCUGGAGUUAGUUUUCAGCUGUAUCAUAAGUGCUGGAAGGGAUAGAGUUGGAUAGGCUUACACUGGUUGAAUUUGCUUUCCUGGGUCCAGUGCAGAGCUGGUGUGCAGAAGGUAAGGUUGCAUUUUUUGACAGACCUAUUUGAAUGAUGUUGGGGUCAAUUCUAGUAGUGUGAUAGCCAUGUGCUUUAUCCAUUCCUAGGAAAGGAUGAGGAGGACAGUUUUUGCUAGGAGGCAGAGACAGAUUUAAAGGUGUAUUUAUUAGGGUAGGGAGCCCUGUCUAAAAAUUAGAACUGCUUUGAGGGGUUGAAGUGUCUUGUGUCCCUAAAUCCUCAAGUGUCAUAGGGAGAUGUGUGGGGUGUAGAAUAUUCAUGUCAUUUUAUCUAUUUGCUUUUACAUGAUCUUAAGGAAGUUGGACAGCUCAAUAAAGCUUUGAAUUACACUUCCUGUGUCCUCCUUGCUUGCCAGUCACUCUCCUUAUCAAUGAGGUGUGUAAUCAAGUACGUUAUUAAACAGCAGCUUAUUAAAAAGUAAUGUGCAGCUCAGCUGCAAGUGUGUAAAAUAAGCAAAUGCUCAAAAAAACUGGUAAGUGCAGCACGUGAUGAAAACCAGUAGUAGCUCUUGGGUGUAAUGGAGUCACCUUUUGCCAGUGCAGCUAUUCUCCCUCUCAUGUGGUUGAAUGAGGGUCGGGGAAAUUGGAGGUGCCCUUCCCAGUAAAAAUGUGCUGAAGGAGCGCGUUGGCUGAUUCAUUGCCUUGCCCCACCUCUGGGUCGCACAGGGAAUCCACUGGUGGAUGCACUGGCAGAAGUUUGUUUCCUGGUGGCUGUCAGGAUCAGCAGUUGCUCAAAUACCUCCUGCUGCUGCUAUUCUUGGUUCCUUCUAAAGCUUCUGUUCUUCCCUGAGCAAUCUUAUUCCACUCUCUCUCCUUCCUUACCCACUCCAGUGUCACACAUACAAUUCAGGGUGGAGGCUCAGUUUGCAUUCAAAGUUAUCAUUUGUUUUCUGCAGCAGCAGGUCUCCAGCCUUUUUUCUUUUUCCAUGCUGAUUUUGAGCUCUCGCCACCCUCAGUCCAGCACAGACUGACAGUCUCAGAAAGGCCAAGGGGAAAAUAGCAGUGUGCUCUUUCUUGUGUGCAGAGAAAGGUUUCUUGCCUUUAAUGCUUCAUGUCACAGUCAGGCCACAAGUCUGAUACUUUUAUCUACUUGGUAUGCCUUUAUUUCAUCUCUCCACAUUCUCCUUCUCAAAGAGGGAGAAAAGACUGAAGUGAAUCAGUGAUAACUACAGCUGUUCCUGCUGGAAUAACCAUAAUGCUAUAUACCUCCAAGUAUUUGACCACUUCUCACUAUCAAGCUUCUUCAGCUUAAGACCAUAAAAUAGGAAUUAGCAAUUUUGAAUUUUUUUAAAAUCUUCUAUUUGCAAUACAGUAAUAUUGUGGCUGGUUUGUAGAUAUAGAGGAGUGGUCAAAAUAUUUAACUGAAAGGUAAACUAAGAUGUGCAUUUGCAUCUUGUUAGUUACUCUGUGGUAGCUGCUUGUGUCCAUGCUCUCAGCCUUUUGCUUCUUAAAUUCAUUAUGAAGCAAACUGCCUUGUGCUGACAGGGCUGAGACCAUGCAGGUGAGCAGCAGAGAUGGGACACUAGGGAAUGGAAUUACAGUGCAGUGACUGGGUAGCCUAAAAGAUGGAUAGUGCCCCUCUUGCAGUCCUCAGCUAUGGUCUGUAAGGCGGUCCUUCCCUGCCAAGCUGGGAUUGAAUGUUUCAAGGAAUAGAGCUCUGAGCAGUGUUUGUGAUAGAUUCUCUCCAUCCUGAUGUGUGCUGGUGUUCACACGCCUUCCUCUUCAACGGAAAAGGUGACUGUUUUUUGUGAGACAAGUGGUUUGCAACUCAUGGCCUCCAUGAUGAGUACUGCAGUGUCGUGACACCAGGGGUCUUGUGUGCCCUGGAGAUGCGAGACUUCCCCUGGGCAGCAGGAGGCACGCAUCUAGAGAAUGCUGGAGCUGCAGGAGGGAAGUGCCCAGUGCAAAAGCAGCGAGGAGCAAAGAGAAAAAAGGCAAGCAGGCAGCCAGCACUGAGAGAAGCGGGUGGCAGAAAGUGCUUCGACGCUGCCUCUGGCGGCACGCUCCCCAGAGGAACUUGACGAGAGCCCAUCUGCGUGUGUGUGAGACUGUGAGCUCAGGAUUUCUGUCAAUGCAUUCCAGUAACCCCAAAGUGAGGAACUCCCCGUCAGGCAACACACAGAGUAGCCCCAAAUCAAAGCAGGAGGUGAUGGUCCGUCCCCCUACAGUGAUGUCCCCGUCUGGCAACCCUCAGCUGGAUUCCAAAUUUUCCAACCAAGGCAAACAAGGGGGCUCUACCAGCCAAUCCCAGCCCUCUCCCUGUGAUCCCAAAAGUGGAGGUCACACCCCCAAAGUGCUCCCGGGCCCGGGUGGGAGUAUGGGGCUGAAGAAUGGGGCUGGAAAUGGUGCCAAGGGGAAGGGGAAGAGAGAGAGGAGCAUUUCAGCAGACUCCUUUGAACAGAGGGAAGCUGGGACUCCUAAUGACGACCCAGAAAUCAAAGACUGCAAUUCUGCUGAUCAUGUGAAGUCCCAGGAGUCUCAGCACACACCACACUCCAUGACUCCUUCAAAUGCUUCAGCCCCAAGGUCUUCCACACCUUCCCAUGGUCUGACUGCCACUUUGGAGCCAGCAAGUGGGCAGAAAACUCCAUCCAAAGUGGUUUACGUCUUUUCUACUGAGAUGGCCAACAAGGCUGCAGAAGCUGUGCUGAAGGGACAGGUGGAAACCAUUGUGUCCUUUCAUAUCCAGAACAUCUCAAACAGCAAGGCGGAACGGAACACUGUACCCUUGAAUCCUCAGAUCACUGCACUUCGGACUGAACCCAAGCCCCUGCCACAGCCCCAGCCCCCUGCUGCCCAGGACCAGAACCCUCCCCAGAACACCAAAAUGCAGCCGACUCCACCCGUGUCAGCGCCAGUAUCCAAACCCACUGGCCCCCCUUGUCCCAUAGAUCAGGACAGUCCCAGUGUGGAAAGCAAAGUGAUGUCUGUGGGCAGCCCUGCCAACUCUACCCCGUUGCAGACAGAAGGAUUUGGGCAGAGUUCAACACCCAAUAAUCGAGCAGUUAGCCCAGUUUCCCAAGGUAGCAAUAGCUCUGCUGCAGACCCCAAAGGUCCUCCCCAGCAGGGGUCUGGUGGGGACCCAUCCAGUUUGGGUGAGAAUCCUGAUGGACUGUCACAGGAGCAGCUGGAGCACCGAGAGCGCUCGUUGCAGACCCUGAGAGACAUCCAGCGUAUGCUCUUCCCUGAUGAGAAGGAGUUUGCAGGAGGACAAAGUGGAGGGCCACCCCCAAAUGCUGGGGUGCUGGAUGGUCCCCAAAAGAAACCUGAAGGGCCGAUACAGGCUAUGAUGGCUCAAUCCCAAAGUUUAGGCAAAGGGUCGGGGUCUCGGACAGAUGGAGGGGCUCCGUUUGGCCCUCAAGGACACAGGGACAUGCCUUUUUCCCCAGAUGAAAUGGGGCCACCACCAAUGAACUCCCAGUCAGGAGCCAUAGGCCCAGACCACCUGGACCAUAUGACUCCUGAGCAGGUGGCCUGGCUCAAGCUGCAGCAGGAGUUUUACGAGGAGAAGAGAAGGAAGCAAGAGCAGGUGGUUGUGCAGCAGUGUUCCCUGCAGGAUAUGAUGGUCCACCAGCAUGGGCCUCGUGGGGUGGUCCGAGGUCCUCCCCCUCCCUACCAGAUGACCCCUGGUGAGGGCUGGGGACCUGGAGGUCCAGAGCCCUUCCCUGAAGGCAUGAACAUGUCACACUCGCUGCCCCCCAGGGGCAUGGCCCCUCAUCCCAAUGUGCCUGGAAGCCAGAUGCGCCUGCCUGGUUUUGCAGGAAUGAUGAACCCUGACAUGGAAGGCCCUAAUGUCCCAAAUCCCACCUCACGGCCUGGGCUUUCAGGAGUUAAUUGGCCAGAUGAUGUGCCAAAAAUCCCAGAUGGGCGAAACUUCCCUCCUGGUCAGGGUGUCUUCAGUGGCCCUGGCCGAGGGGAGCGGUUCCCAAAUCCACAGGGCCUGCCUGAAGAGCUCUAUCAGCAGCAGCUGGCUGAGAAACAGAUGGGCCUCCCUCCUGGUCUGAACAUGGAAGGCAUCAGGCCUGGCAUGGAGAUCAACAGAAUGAUGCCCUCCCAGAGACACAUGGAGCCUGGGAACAACCCCAUCUUCCCUCGCAUGCCGGUAGAAGGACCGAUGAGCCCCUCUAGGGGGGACUUCCCAAAAGGAAUACCCCCACAAAUGGCUUCUAGCAGGGAGCUGGAGUUUGGAAUGGGCCCUGGCAGCAUGAAGGGGGACAUGGGCAUGAAUGUCAGCAUGGGCUCCAACCCACCCCUGGUCCCUCAGAAGCUGAGGGAGGCAGGAGUCGGGCCGGAAGAGAUGAUAAAGCUGCGUCCCGGUGUCUCGGAGAUGCUCUCCUCUCAGCAGAAAAUGGUGCCGCUGCCGUUUGGGGAGCACCCGCAGCAGGAGUAUGGCAUGGGUCCCAGGCCUUUCCUUCCCAUGUCUCAGGGCCCAGGAGUCGGUCUCCGGAAUCUCAGAGAACAGAUCGGGCCUGACCAAAGGACUAACAACCGGCUCAGCCACAUGCCGCCACUACCUCUCAAUCCCACCAGUAACCCUAAUAGCCUCAACACUGCUCCCCCUGCGCAGCGCAGCCUCGGCCGCAAGCCCUUGGAUAUCUCUGCAGCCGGUCAGGUGCAUUCGCCAGGGAUCAACCCCCUGAAGUCCCCCACCAUGCGCCAGGUCCAGUCUCCCAUGAUGGGGUCUCCCUCGGGGAACCUCAAGUCCCCUCAGACGCCCUCCCAGCUGGCAGGAAUGCUCGCGGGCCCCACUGCCGCAGCUGCUGCUGCCUCCAUUAAAUCCCCCCCUGUCUUGGGGUCUGCUGCUGCUUCUCCUGUCCACCUCAAGUCUCCGUCUCUCCCUGCACCUUCUCCUGGAUGGACUUCAUCUCCAAAGCCUCCUUUGCAGAGCCCUGGGAUUCCCCCGAACCACAAGGCGUCUCUAACCAUGUCUUCUCCAGCCAUGCUGGGGAACGUGGAGUCGGGCGGUCCACCUCCUUCCACAGUCAGCCAGUCUGCUCCUGCGACUCUUCCUGGAAAUCUUCCCUCUAGCAGUCCUUACACAAUGCCUCCAGAGCCAACCCUCUCCCAGAAUCCCCUGUCCAUUAUGAUGUCCAGGAUGUCCAAAUUUGCCAUGCCCAGCUCUACACCGCUCUAUCAUGAUGCCAUCAAAACUGUGGCCAGCUCGGAUGACGACUCCCCUCCAGCACGCUCCCCAAACCUGCCACCUAUGAACAGCGUACCAGGAAUGGGCAUUAAUUCUCAGAAUCCUCGAAUUUCAGGUCCAAACCCAGUGGGUCCAAUGCCAACCCUUAGCCCAAUGGGAAUGACCCAGCCUCUUUCCCAUAACAACCAGAUGCCCUCUCCAAAUGCUAUGGGACCCAAUAUACCUCCUCACGGGGUCCCCGUGGGACCCGGCCUGAUGUCACACAACCCAAUGAUGGGGCAUGGCUCCCAGGAGUCUCCAAUGGUACCUCAAGGACGCCUGGGCUUCCCGCAGGGGUUCCCUCCCGUACAGUCCCCUCCACAGCAGGUGCCAUUUCCACACAACGGGCCCAGCGGUGGACAAGGCAACUUCCCAGCGGGAAUGGGCUUCCAUGGGGAAGGACCUCUGGGGCGUCCUACCAACCUGCCCCAAAGUUCGACAGAUCCAGCACUUUGCAAGACUGGAGGCCCUGGAGGUCCAGACUCCUUCACUGUUCUUGGAAACAACAUGCCUUCGGUUUUCACUGAUCCAGAGCUGCAGGAGGUGAUCCGUCCUGGAGCCACGGGAAUACCUGAGUUUGACCUGUCAAGGAUUAUUCCAUCGGAGAAGCCCAGCCAGACACUACAGUAUUUCCCUCGUGGGGAGGUGCCAGGCCGCAAGCAGCCGCAGGGCCCCGGGCCUGGCUUCUCCCACAUGCAGGGGAUGAUAGGAGAGCAGACCCCGAGGAUGGGACUAACAUUGCCCGGCAUGGGGGGCCCCGGGCCGGUGGGAACUCCGGAUAUCCCUCUUGGCACGGCUCCGUCCAUGCCCGGUCACAACCCGAUGAGGCCGCCGGCCUUCCUGCAGCAGGGCAUGAUGGGGCCGCACCACCGCAUGAUGUCACCAGCACAGCCCGCCAUGCCCGGCCAGCCCGCGCUCAUGAGCAACCCCGUGGCCGCCGUGGGCAUGAUCCCGGGCAAGGACCGAGCCCCCGCCGGGCUGUACAGCCACCCGGGCCCUGUGGGGUCACCUGGCAUGAUGAUGUCAAUGCAGGGCAUGAUGGGACCCCAACAAAACAUCAUGAUUCCCCCCCAGAUGAGGCCCCGAGGUAUGGCUGCUGAUGUUGGCAUGGGAGGAUUUAGCCAAGGCCCUGGAAACCCAGGGAACAUGAUGUUUUAAGCUGCUACCAUAAGACUGGAUGUUCUGAUCCUUGUCAAGAUGAGAUUCCAAGUCCUGAGGGCUUUUUUGGGAGCUUCAGGAGUACAGUUUGGCCAUGCAAUAGGUGAAAAGAGACCAGAGGAUGCUUUGGGAAAUCUCGAAUGUAUGGAAU